CUUGUUGUUGUUGUUUGAGGUGAACACUGAACAGUCGAGCCAGCAGGUGUGUCGCUGUCCCUGUAAGCCACCACACCACCCAAUCCGUGUUUGCUUUACCUUCCUCUCGGUCUGUAGGCAAGGCAGAGCAUAGGGGAGCGUGAGUGGUGAUGGUGAAAGCUGCCUGGUGACGCGCUGGUGCCAGGAGUGUGUGUGUCGAAUAAAUUGGACGAGUCAUGUGAGGCACUGCCAUGUUCAGUGACUGGCCCUCAGAGCUCGUCCCCCAACAGGGCUGGGGGGAUGAGGCUGCCAUCAGUGCAUUCAAGGAUGCAAUACCCUGGACUGUUGGAAGAGACUUUGUGGCAGGAACAGCCAAGCAUCUGGCUGGAAGUCUGGGCCUCACAAAGCCUGACCCUCCCACAAAGAGUAAAAUCAUUCAUGACAAACAAUUACAAGUCCUCAUGCCUGCUCUCGGUCAUGGAUUGAGUUUUCCUCUGUCGGAGAUUGACAUCCUGCGUGAUUGUGUCAAUGUCUACUGUGAGUGGUUGUCAGCCUUACUACCAAAUCCCAAAAGCAGUGUUCCCAGCCCAAUACUCAAUGAUCCAAACCAUUAUGCAAGAAUUAUCAUCAACCAUUUCUACUAUUUGUUUGUCCCACGAGGAGCUCAAGGACCUGAUGUCAUUAACCGGCAAGCUGUGCUGUGUCACCGUGUUCUGCGUACACUGCAGAACAUAGCACAGAAUUCUCCUUAUCUCAGUGAAGACACUUGGCAGACACUGCUAAUGUUUCUCCUCCAUAUCAACUCAGCACUCUUGUCUCCACCGACUGUAAAAGUUCCAGAUGAGAGUGAGGGUGCUCCCAGCUCCACUCUAAGUCUAAACUUUACUGGAGAUGUGGCUGAGGAUGCAGGAGAGCAGCUGUGUGAGAGGGUGUUGAGUGUUCUGUUUGAGACAUGGCUGCUGGCUUGUGCUCGCUGCUUUCCUCCACCACCACUAUGGAAUGCCCUCAGAGAGAGUUGUCAGAGAUGGCGCCACCGGGCCGGCCUCAUUGAACAGUGGAACAGAAUCAAUUUUGCACUAACAAGGAAGCUCAUCUGCUUCAUGUAUGGCUCCUCCUUCCCUGAAAUCUCUAUUUCUGAGGAUGACUUGAACAUCAUUCCCACUAAUAUGAGUAAAGACUGCAUUGCUCAGGUUUGGUACCGCAUUUUACACAUAAUUGGCAAUCCCGUAGAUCUGAGUCGUCAUACAGUCAUCAGCAAGACUCCAGCUUUCCUGAAAUAUGCCAUUUCUUCUGCACUUGUGAUUGAACCCAGCCAGCAUCCCUGUCUUCAGAUGUUGCCUUCAAUCUUUCUGACAGCAAUGAAGGGCAUUUCAGGCUUAGUUGAUGCUUUUCUGGGUGUUCCUAAUACCUCACUGGAUAACCUCAACCAAAAGGGACGACAGAUCUCACCAUCAUCUGUAUCACUGUCAUCAGAUAACAAAGAUGAUGGUGCUCGGUUGUUGGCAAAUGGAAGACCCAAGUGCAACAGUAUUUUACAUCUGUUUGGCCCAUGGCUGUUUGAAGCUGCACUUAUCAACUGUAAUUUGCAAGCCAGCCCUGGGUCUCAACACAAGUCUGAUGCAGGUGGAGGAGCAAGCUCUGGGUCGCGCAGGCCUGUGUCAGGGUUUGGUGGAGAGAUCACCAAAAAGACCAGUGAUGCAUCAGCAUCUGGGGACCAUUCAGAGCGUCUGACCAACCUGAUGCCUCAGCACUUCCAGGGAGGCAGAGCUGAAGCCCUUGGUGCUCUCUGCAGGAUAUUUUGCUCUAAGAAAACAGGAGAAGAAAUCUUGCCAGUGUACCUGGCUAGGUUCUACAUUGCCCUUCAUCAAGGACUGCGAGAGGCUGAUGCGGCCAUCUUGUCUCCCCAUGAGUCCAGUCAACCACCAACACAAAGAUACAGCACAAAAACUGGAAUGUGUAGUGAGACGGCAGCAAGUGUACUCGUGAAUGGGGUAGACCUGUUUCGCUUGGACCUUCAGGGUGUGGUGAGCCUUGUCCCAAGUGUUUUAGGAGUGCUAGAGUGUGUCCUGCCUGAGGGGGAGCUCAGCACACCUUUACAGCUACCUGUCACCCUACUUCGUCGUGCUGCCACCCACAUCCUCCUCUCCAUCCUGCCUCUCCCUCUUCACUUCCAGGGUCUUCAGGUGAAGGAAAUAGGGAAUAACAGUGGAGAACGACUGGCUCUGUCUCAUCUCCGGCCACAGCUUGUCAAUCUCCUUACCAAUGCAUUACAAGUGGAGACUGACCCCUCAAACACACAGAUGCUUCUUGGUGGGCUGCUCUUUUGUGUUCAAGAUGCUGCUCUCUGUGAAGUAAUGGAUUCUAUAUCACAGCACAAUUUCUCAACGGAUAGAGAUCAUAACAUUAUGUCCUCAGGUGCCUCAGACACUGUUAGUUCGCAUGGUGACUAUAACAGUCUGCUGGAUGAGACCUGUGAGGCGCUGCCAGAAGGAGGCCUUGGACAGAUGUCAGCCACAAGCUUUCCUUCCUCCUCCACAACCACCACCACACAUGCAACCAUGCUGACCACCACAGAUGGUGAAGCUACACCAAUUUUAGAAGAUUCGGAUUCUGCCCAUGCCUUAUUUGUGCGCUCCAUCUACUUGGUGUGCCACAGACUCAUCUCAUCCUGGAAAAGUGAUGUCAAUGUGUCUUUGGCUGGGUUGGAGCUUCUGUCAGGCUUAGCUCGGCUGAGUAUUGCUGAACAAGAUGGCUUAGAGUGUAAGCGAGCUGUAAAAUGGCUGUGUGACUACAUAGCCUCCCAGUGUUACAGACCACCUCGGGCACACUCUAAGGACCUGCACUCUACAAUAGUUGCUGCUUUUCACUGUGCAAGUGUUUGGCUUGUGGCUCACCCCUACCUGCUGCAAGACAAAGAGUGUCUGGCAACUGUGCUGGAGGUUGUGGAGUUGGGCAUCUCAGGAUCUAAGUCACAGGUAAAAUCAAGUGAUGCUCCACGCCUGAAGCAUGAAAAAGAGCUGAAGCCUGCUAGUAUGCGAGUGAGAGAUGCUGCUGAAGCUUUGCUGUCCUGUGUACUGUCUCAGGUUGGAACAUUUCCCUCUGUGUGUGGAGCUGAAUCCCUGUCUUCUCUGCUGGAUGAGAUGACAUUGCUGAGGCAUUGUAAUACCUGGGGAGGCUCAGACCAACUCACCCGUGACUCAGCAGCUCAGCACUUCAGAUAUUUUGUUGCCCAAAACUCCAUCAUGCUCGCCCUUUUGGAGCAACCUCUUGGCAAUCACCAAGUUUGCACCCUGCCAGACCCGCAGCCAACAGUGACAGCUCUGAUAAGAGGACCUUUCGGGAGGGUGGCUUGGACCAUGCAGUUGCGACACCUUCCGAGACACAAAUCCUCAGCCAAAUUAUACACAGUGAAUCCUGGACGACCACUUCCCAUGAAUGAUGUGGGAAUAAAGCACAACGUGAAGCCAAAGUACUUCCCUGAUAGUGUGGAGAGAAUACCUCUCUGCAAAGCAGACAAGUCCAUUCCAUCUUUAGAGAGUGUCAUUAUGAAUGAAGAGAAAUCUACACUUGAACAUGAGAAGCUUCUCCAGAUAUUGGACCAUCAGAUUGCAUUUGAAGAGAAUGUUCAGCGUAAGGUUGAGAGAGAAACUUCAGAGUACCCUGAUGUGGAGACAGAGUGUGUUGCUCCUUCACUCUGCCAUGAAUUCCAGACAGCACGCCUCCUCCUCUCCCACUUCGGCUUUUUGUCAUUGGAUGCUCUGCAGGAAUCUGUUGAGUCAGCAGUGCCAUCUCUGGUUGCCCUAGAUUCCAGUAUGGCAGGGUUUGCCCGAGAUCUUGAAAUUCUUGACAACACCAACAACAGAACAGUAGACACUGCUCAUGUGUUCUAUGUACAGGCGGGUCAGACUGCUCCACUUGAUAUACUAUCCAAUGUGGUCAGUUGUAGUUCUGUCCAUCCUCACUUUAUGGAGUUCCUCAAUGGACUGGGAUGGACAGUCAAUGUCCACCAACACCCUGGCUGGACUGGCCAUGUCUCCACUGCAUUCUCAGUCACUCCACAGUCACAGGAAGGAACCAUCGACAGUAACCAUGGAGGUAGUGGCUUCAGUGGGAAGAGUCAUGUACUAUAUUGGUCAGAUGCUCUCAGUGAAAUGGCAUUUGUUGUCCCAGCCCCCUCUCAAGGUCUGACAACUUGUCAUCCUUCCAGCUCUGGCAAUAUCAACACAGUUGGUUUGGCGUUGGACUCAUAUGAGAAGGUUGCAAGUGGUGGAGGUGGUGGUGGUUCUGGCAGUGAGCGUUCAGACUCCUUGCCUCCAUGUGAUGCAGACGUGGAGGGCAGCUCCUCCAUUUCCUCACAUGCCUCACAGACAUCCUAUGGCCAGGGAAGUGAAAACAGGAGUAGAAAGUUUGGCCGACAGACAAGUGCUGUGGCAUGUAGUGACCACAAAGUGUAUAUUGUGUGGCUGGAAAGUUUUGAUGACUGUUAUACUUUCCCAGCACUUGAGCUGCUUCCAGAGACAGUGACUGGUCUUGAAUCCUCGUCUUGGAAGGACAAGGAGGCCAUGGUGUACAUAAUAUUUAUUCAUGCUCUUACAAAUGGUCUCUUCAGGAUAAGAUUGCAAGGGCAGAAUGCAAAGCUGAACAUGGCUGGCCCUCUUGUGGAUGGGCAGGUGGUGAGCAGGAGGGUCCUUGGCACACUUGUGAGGCAGACAGCUCUCAACAUGUGCCGUCGGAGAAGACUUGAGAGUGACAGUUAUCAACCACCUCAUGUCCGAAGGAAGUUGCGGAUCCAGGAAAUGGUACAAAGGUAUAGGUAUGAAAUGAAUGAGCCAGAAUUUUAUACUCACUUGUUUACAAGUCCACUCUGUUAGGCAGGAUACUAUUAUCUAUGAAUAGUAGUGGAUAAAUAAUCAUGUACAGUGGAAUCUCGGUUCUUGAAUUUAAUUUGUUCCUGAAUGUCAUUUGAAAACCGAAAAUAUUUUCUCAUAGGAAUCAAUGUAAAAUUGGUUAAUCCAUUCUUAGAGACCCAUCCAUCUUGUCUUAGUGUUAGAUGACAGACAUUUUCUCUGCUAAGAUGGCCACUCCACAUCAUCAUCAUAAUGCUUAGACAUCUUGCUGGAAAGAUGCACUUGUGCAGUAGUGAUGGCAUUGGGGAAUCAUUGAGAGAGCAACAGGUGGCAUGGGAAGUUGGGACUAUCUGCUCUUGAGCCAUGGAAACAUUUUCCUUUUUUUUUCAAAGAUUUAACUAUUGUCUUAUACACUGUCUUACCUCCAGUAUAUAAAAAAUAAUUAAGGAAAUAUUUAUAAAAACUAUAAUUGAUAAUGAAUGGGAUCUUUUGUUGUCUUAUAAUAUUUCACAUAAAAUAACUAUGUUUAAAAGCCAAAUUAGUAUGUUACAACAACUAAAGCAAUUAUUAUUAUUAUGAAUUCAAAUUUUGUUCAAAAACUAUUUGUUAAAAAAAAGUGGAGGUAUUAAGUAACUAAGAUUCCACUGUAUGUAUUUUUUUUUUUUUUUUUCCAUAGUUUCAUGCAGUUCCAUAUAACUACAUAGUUUUCUGUCAUAAUUUACCACAAAAAUAGGUAUGUGAUGAGCUUAGUAUUUAUUUUACAUAACAGACUAUCAAGUUAAUCAACUUAUAAAUUGCUAAAAAAUUCUCUCUCUCUCUCUCUCUCUCUCUCUCUCUCUCUCUCUCUCUCUCUCUCUCUCUCUCUCUCUCUCUCUCUCUCUCUCUCUCUCUCUCUCUCUCUCUCUCUCUCUCUCUCUCUCUCAUCACAUAUCUUUACUCAAAGCAUGUAACAUCACAGCCAAUAGUUCCACUGAGUGUUAUCAGCACCUUUCAUCAGUUUUGUUUAUUUAAAAAGUUACAGUUUCCAGUAAGUAAAAUUCUAUUGCUCUUUGUUGUAGUUUGUUCUACAUAUAGUUGGAAUUCUAAAACUUAUAACUGACUUUGAGAAGAUAAUGAUAGUAUAUUCAGUUGAAUACUAACAGUAAUACUGAUUCAGAAACAGUGAAGAAGUUUGGGAUGGUUUUCAUAUGUUUAAACAUUACGAAGGUUGUAUUGUAAAAAUCAUUCAGCAGGAGUGAAUAAUGUAUAAACUUGUUAUAGUUGAGGUUUUCUGUAUUUAAGCCAAAGACUUUGAAAUUUAGAAUUUACAUUCCUUUAAAGGUAACUUGUUUGUUAGUAUGUAACUAAAUUAUUUGUAUAUGUUGAAGUUUAUUCUAAGUUUUCAGUGAUGGGACUCAGCCAGUUUGCACCAGUUCAUAAUAUCAUGUUCUUGUAAUUUAAUUAAUCCCAAGAACUAUUGUUAGCUUAAAUCAGGAUUUUUUUUUUUUUUGGUAGACUCCUCAUAAAUCUACUAUUGUUUUUUUUAUAUUAAAAAACCACUAAAACCAGUAGUCUUUUCUAAUAAUGUAUUAUUUUGCCUUUAUUAAGUUUUACCACUAAACUACUUGAUUAUGUGACACAAUUAUAAUUGUCUGUAGUAGUAAUGAGAGAACUGGUUCUUGAAAUUUUUAUUCCCACCACUGUAUAUACCCUCCACUCAUAGUGUUAGUCCCAAUAAGCAGUGUAAAGUAUGUUAUUCAUAAAGUAAUUAUUGUUAUGCUGAUAUGGUCUAUAUCAUUGUUGUCCAAACAUUUUUGCCUAUUAUACCCUUUAUUAUCU